CAGCGAUCACUUGACCAGCAAAAGUUAAGACAAAAUAACAUACAUGGAACUUCUUGUGAAUUCAGAAGAAAUGAUGAAGAAAUUGAUAGCGGCUGCAGAAGUUGAUAAGGAGAAGUUUGUUCGUUACUGGCCAUUACGCAGAGCUAUACAACAGGAUGACUGGAAAGCUGUUGGAGAAUUCACUAGAGAUAAUUACCCGCAGGUGUUCACGGACAAGAUUUCCGAAAUUUCUUCAACCUUUUUCCACGUAAUUGUACUAUUAGAUAAUGACGCCGCAAUUUCAUUGUUGCGAGAGAAUGUACCGAAGUUUACAGAAUCUGUAUUGGCAAAAGAUGCUAGUGGCGCGACGGCUUUAUCGUUAGCAGCAGCUCUUGGCAAUAAAAAAGCCGUAGAAAUCAUUGUAAAUUCUUGCCCUGAUUCACCAAACGCACUUCUAAGUAUGGGGCCUAUGAGCAAUAUCCUUCCAAUUCAUUUGGCAGCAAUUUUUGGACACGAGGAAGUAGUUCAAUUUCUACUUCCACGGACUAGAUUACUAAUAGAAGAAACACAGAACCAAUUUCUGCUGGUUCUAUUUCUGCUCGGUGUUUCUAAUCCAUUGGGUAUAACUUUUCGUGUAUUUAAGAACCAACUGCGCGAUCGUGGUUUGCAUCCAAAGCAAAAAGAGUGGAUUUUAGGAACGCUGGCUGCAAAGCCUAAGUGGUUUAAAAGUGGGAGUCGGAUUGGAUUUUUGCAACGCUUCAUCUAUAGUUGCAUUCCAGUGAAAGAUGAUAAUAUGCCUUCCCCUCAGGCCGAAAAGACCGAUUUCCAAAAUCCUGGAAGUGUAGAUGGAGACACGGAAAUCCCCAGACAGAUAUCUGAGAUAUCUGCUAGUACUUUUAAUAGUGGAAUGCGCCAAAAAUUGAAAUCUAUGUUCUGGAAUGUCCUCAUGCAGCUAGCCCCAUGCAUCAAACGGAUACAUGAUGAAAAGUUAAAUCACAUGCAAGCGCUUGAAAUUGUAAGAACAGUGUGUGGGGGAGUUGUUUGGGACUUUGAAAAAGCUUUAGAGACAUUAAAGCAACCAAUCCUCAUAGCUACAAGAUUGGGAAUUUUGGAGAUUGUCGAAGAAAUUUUGAAGGUGUAUGAUUCUGCUCUUUUUUUCGUUGACGAAGCUGGAAAAAAUGUGCUGCAGCUUGCAGUUUUGAAUCGUCAAGAAAUAGUUUUUGGUUUCAUGUUAAAGGAGGCUGGGAAAUUUUUGUCACAGUACAUGGACAAUGAUCUUAACAACAUCUUGCACUUAGCCGGAAAGUCGUCAACUUCAAGUAAAAUAGCAGGUUCAGUAUUGCAAAUGCAGCGGGAGGUGCAAUGGUUUAAGGCUGUGGAAAAUUUUGUGCUUCCAUCCAUGCGUGAGAUGAAAAAUAAAGAAAGUAAAACUCCUAGAGAAGUAUUUGAGGAAGAACAUAAGACAUUAGUUAAAGAAGGUGAAAAUUCGAUGAAGGGGAGUGCUACAUCAUGCUCGGUUGUUGCUGCACUCAUAAUCACCAUAGCAUUUGCCGCCGCUUUCACUGUACCAGGAGGAGGCACCAACACUAAAGGACCGGCUUUUAUUAUUUUCGCCAUAUCAGAUGCGCUUGCAUUCGUUUCUUCCACUGCUUCAGUGUUAAUGUUCUUGGGAAUCCUUACUAUGCGUUACUCGCCAGAUGAUUUUUUGAAGUCCUUGCCAGAGAAGUAUCGGCCAAAUCACCUUGUUCUUUUCUAUUGCAAGCAUGAUGGUAGCCUAUGGUGCAACGUUCUACAUCAAUUGCACUCAUCAAUGGAAAUGGACUAUCUUCCCAAUUUCCCUUCUUACUAGUCUCCCAGUGACCUUAUUUGCAAUGGUGCAGUUUCCUCUCUUGUUUGAAAUGAUCUCUUCCACUUAUGGACCUAGUAUUUUUCCAUCAAAGGAAGGAAUAGGGAAGUAAUUCUCUCUCUCUCUCUCUCUCUCUCUAGAUAUAUAUAACAACAAGUUAAUUGUUCCUCGUUUAAUAAAAUAAA